UGUGAAGCUUAUUUAAAAGUCACGAGUAAAAGAAACAACUAAGUAUUCCUCCUUUGGGAUGAGGUGAACUAAUGCUGGACAAGAAUGGCUGACUGACUGUAAGACAAACAAGGAUUACGAGCAGAGACCAGACCAGGUCUUACACAGAACCACUACAGGAAUUUGAGCACCAUGGCUAAGGGGAAGAAGGGUGGAUCAAAGGGCAAAAAGAUCACCCUGAAAAUGGCCAAGAAAGCCCUCAGGGUGACACCUGAGGGAAAACGACGGCUCGAUCUCAGCAACAGGGGUAUCGAUACCUUUCCAAAAUGUCUUCUAAAACUGACUGACCUCGAGGAGGUGGACCUGAGCCGCAAUCAGCUGAAGAAGAUCCCAGAAUUCAUUGGCCAGCUCAUUGGCGUGCUGUGGCUUGACCUGCACAGCAACUACAUUGAGCAACUGCCAAAAAGCAUCGGACAGCUGGAGUCUCUGUGCCACCUCAACCUGUGCAACAACAGCCUGGAUUCAGCUGGUUUACCUGCUGACAUUGGCAACCUGAGGAACCUGCAAACGCUUAACCUGGGUAUGAACCGACUCGCUGCUCUUCCACCCGCCAUGGCUGCUCUGACCAACCUGAAAGAGCUGGGCUUGUUCGACAACAUGCUCACUGUGAUUCCCGAAUGCAUACGCAUGCUGCCCAACCUGAAAAAAAUCAACACCAAACGCAACCCCAUAGCCUAUGCUCAGAGAGACACCAAAGACACAAGAGCAACUGAGGGUGUGUAUUUGGUGAGGGAGGAAGAUCUGUGUAAGCUUUGUCUGGAGAAAUGCAGGGUGGAAAGGCAGAAACAAGAAAGAAAACAGCUUUCAGAUCAAUCUCACAGGAGACGGAGAUUUUCAGGGCUGAUCACACCGAACUCAGUGGCACGGAGCAAUCAUGAGCUGUGGCACUAG